AUGAAUCUAUCUAUCACUAACCUUCUUUCUUUCUGUCUCUCUCUCUCUCUUUUCUAUCUAUUAAUAUUCUAUCUCUAUCUAUCUAUUAUAUUUUAUCUAUUUAUCUGUCUGUCUAUUGUCUGGGUUAUCUAUCUAUCUAUCAUUCUACUAUCUAUCUAUCUAUCUAUGCCCUUCUUUCUCUGUUUCUAUCUAUCUAUUAAUAAUCUACAUAUCUAUCUAUCUGUCUAUCAUAGUCUUUUUAAUAUCUAUCUAUGUCUAUCUAUCUAUCUAUCUAUCUAUCUAUCUAUCUAUCUAUCUAUCUAUCUCAGUCUUUUCAUCUAUCUAUCUAUCUAUCUAUCUAUCUAUCUAUCUAUCUAUCUUUUCAUAUCUAUUUAUCUAUCUAUCUAUCUAUCUAUCUAUCUAUCUAUCUAUCUAUCUCAUUUUCAUAUCUAUUUCUAUCUAUCUAUCUAUCUAUCUAUCUAUCUAUCUAUCUAUCUAUCUAUAUCUCAUUCUCUAUCUAUCUAUCUCAUCUAUUUAUCUAUUUAUCUUUCCAUUUAUCUAUGUCUGGUUAAUAUCUAUCUAUCUAUCUAUUCUGGUCAUAUCUAUCUAUCUUUCCAUUUAUCUAUGCCCUUUUUGCCAUCUAUCUAUCUAUCUAUCUUUCACUGCUUUUUUUCUAUCUUUCUUUCUUUCUAUCUAUCUAUUAAUAUUUUAUCUAUCUAUCCAUCUGUCUGUCUAUUUAUCUAUCUAUUAAUAUUUUAUCUAUCUCUCUAUCUAUCUAUUAAUAUUUUAUCUAUCUCUCUACCUAACUCUCUAUCUAUCUACCACUGUCCUUUCUUUCUUUCUUUCUUUCUUUCUUUCUUCACAUCUAUAUUCAUUAAUAUAGUGACUACAACGUUUUGUUAUCUAUCUACUUUUCAAUCUCUAUUCAUAUCCAUUUAUGUAUCCAUCUGUGCCAAACUACACAAAAACAUUUUCCUAUCUAUCUAUCUAUCUAUCUAUCUAUCUAUCUAUCUAUCUAUCUCUCUAUAUAUAUAUAUAUAUAUUUCAUUCUCCAUCUAUCUCAUUCUGUUAAUCUAUCUAUCUAUCUAUCUAUCUAUCUAUCUAUCUAUCUAUCUCAUUCUAUUAAUCUAUCUGUCUAUCUAUAUACCUAGCCAUCUAUCUCAUUCUGUUAAUCUAUCUAUCUAUCUAUCUAUCUAUCUAUCUAUCUAUCUAUCUCAUUCUGUUAAUCUAUCUAUCUUAUUUAUAUCUAUCUCUCCAUCUAUCUAUUUCAGAGUGUCCAUAUCUAUCUAUCUAUCUAUCUAUCUAUCUAUCUAUCUAUCUAUCUAUCUCAGUCAUUGGUUUGAGCUUCCCCUUUCUUUGUUUUCAUUGGCAGACAGCCUAACCAAGAUUUGGAGACUCUCACAAAUUGGUCUGGAAGCCAAAGUAAAAGUGCCAAUUUCUUCUUCUUCUUCUUCUUCUUCUUCUUCUUCUUCUUCUUCUUCUUUUCCUCCUCCUCCUUCUUCGUCUUCAUCUUUUCCUCCUCCUCCUCUUCCUCCUCCUCCUCCUCUGCCUUCUUCUUCUUCCCUCCUCCUCCUCUUCCUCCUCCUCCUUCUUCUUCUUCUCCUCCUCCUCCUUCUUCUUCUUCUCCCCUCCUCCUCCUCCUCCUUCUUCUUUUCCCCCUACUCCUUCUUCUUCAUCUUCUUCUUCUUUUCCUCCUCCUCCUCUGCCUUCUUCUUCUUCUUCUUCUUCCCUCCUCCUCCUCCUUCAUCUUCUUCUCCUCCUCCUCCUUCUUCUUCUUCUUCUCUCCUCCUCCUCCUUCUUCUUCUGCUCUCCUCCUCCUCCUCCUUCUUCUUCUUUUCCCUCCUCUUCUUCUUCAUCUUCUUCUUCUUUUCCUCCUCCUCCUCUGCCUUCUUCUUCUUCUUCUUCUUCCCUCGUCCUCCUUCUUCAUCUUCUUCUUCUUCUUCUUUUCCUCCUCCUCCUCUGCCUUCUUCUUCUUCUUCUUCCUGA